CGGAAGUAUGUUCGAGCGCGUCAGAGGUUUCCUCAUACAGAUCUUGUCUUUGGAGGAGUGUCUGUGAGCUCAUUCACUGAUCCCUGGUCUCUCGUUAAUUUAUCAUUUUUUUUUAUACGAUAGUAAUAUUGUCUUCUCUGUCGCAAUGCUGUAAAAGACACGCAUGUAUUUGAUUAAAGGCAUGCCCAUCAGGCUGCUUCAAGGGAGGACGAACGAACUGCAGACACAUUUAAAUGCUGAUGAUCAGUCCAAGAAUGGCUUCUGGAAUACAGGAAAAACAGUAUACCCCAUCACUGCUUAGUUUUUUCAUCUAUAACCCCAAGUUUGGACCACGUGAAGGAGAGGAAGAGAAAAAGAUCUUAUUUUAUCAUCCCUGUGAAGUAGAGAAAAAUGAAAAGAUUCGCAAUGUUGGACUCUGUGAGGCCAUUGUUCAGUUUACUAGGACCUUCUGCCCCACAAAGCCAGCAAAAUCAUUGCACACUCAGAAAAACCGACAAUUCUUCCAUGAGCCUGAGGAGAGUUUCUGGAUGGUCAUGGUCGUACGGAACCCCAUGAUAGAAAAACCCAACAAAGAUGGAAAACCUCCUACUAUAGAAUACCAGGAAGAUGAAAUUCUGGACUCUGUAUAUGGUGCAGUAUUACAGCAGUGCUACAGCAUGUAUAAGCUUUUCAAUGGCACUUUCAUCAGGACAUUUGAAGCAGGAGGAGUGGAGCUACUUAUCCAAAAGCUUGAAAAGUUCUUCUACAGGUACAUACAGACGCUGCAUCUCCAGUCAUGUGACCUCCUGGAUGUGUUUGGAGGACUCAGCUUCUUCCCCCUUGACAAAAUGACCUACCUGAAGAUCCAGUCUUUCGUCAACAGAGUGGAAGAAAGCUUAAGUUUGGUCAAAUACACGGCCUUCCUCUAUAACGACCAGCUCAUAUGGAGUGGACUAGAGCAGGAUGACAUGCGCAUUCUUUACAAAUACUUAACGACAUCACUGUUUCCGAGGCACACCGAACCUGAGCUCGCAGGCAGGGACUCGCCUCUGAGACCAGAGGUGACAGGGAAUCUGUUGCACUAUGGCAGAUUUUUAACUGGACCAGCCAACUUAAAAGAUCCAGAAACAAAAUUCAGGUUUCCAAAAAUAUUUGUGAACACAGAAGACAGUUAUGAGGAGCUCCAUUUGAUAGUUUACAAGGCUAUGAGUGCUGCUGUGUGCUUCAUGAUAAAUGCAUCAGUGGAACUGACGAGAGAGUUUUGCGAGCAGCUGGAUGCGCUGGUCGGCCCUCAGCUCACGCUGCUAGCCUCUGAUAUUUGUGAACAAUACAACAUCAACAAGAGGAUAUCGGGGCCAGAAAAGGAGCCCCAGUUCAAGUUCAUCUACUUCAACCACAUGAACUUGGCUGAGAAAAGCACUAUCCACAUGCGCAAAACAGCCAGUGUGUCUCUUACCUCUGUCCAUCCUGACCUCAUUAAGAUCCUUGGAGACAUCAACAGCGAUUUUGCACGGGUUGAUGCGGAUGAGGAAAUCAUAGUAAAAGCAAUGACUGACUACUGGGUGGUGGGAAAGAAAUCAGAUCAGAGAGAGCUGUAUGUCAUUCUCAACCAGAAGAAUGCCAAUUUAAUUGAAGUGAAUGACGAGGUGAAGAGGCUUUGUGCGCAGUUCAAUAACAUUUUCUUCUUAGAUUGAGGACAAUUUUAUAUAUAUAUAUAUAUAUAUAUAGAGAGAGAGAGAGAGAGAGAGAGAGAGAGAGAGAGAGAGAGAGAGAGAGAGAGAGAGAGAGAGAGAGAGAGAGCCACACUACAAACUGUCAGCUGUUCAUGUUUUAAUGACAGCAUCAGUGUAAUGCAAUAAUUGCAUUGUAAAAAUAAAUUUUCAUAUUAUGCAAUUUUUAAAAGAUUUUUAUUUAAGCUUUACAAAAAAAAGAUUGCAUUAUUGUAAUUAAUUAGACAAUUUAAAUCAAAAUUUUACUGUAUAUAUAAUAUUGACAUGUCAGCUCUUUAGUUUCAUUCCUUUUGUUUUUUUGCUUCCUUUGACAGAACUAGUCACAGAGUAAUUAAAACUGUUCAUUAACCGAAUCUGGCUGUAUUUAUGUCGUUUAAUCUGUUGUUUAUGUUGUUAUGUCAUCUUCAUUAUAGUUUGUUAAAUUUUUUUCCACUUUUUCAAUUGACAUUAAAUUUUAAUUCACUCCA